AUGGAUAAGCUAACACCGUCGCAAUGGAAAGUAGUAAACAAGCCGUAUGAACCAGCAUCUACGUUAAAAGUCACUGCGGGCCCAGGCUCAGGAAAAACACUAACGUUACUAUAUAAAGUAUUACAUUUAGUCACUGUGGAGAAUAUUAAGCCCGACGAAAUACUGAUAUUUUCGCUAACAAACAAAGCAGUCGAUAAUAUCAUAGAGAAUUUGUUAUCCGUGUUUGAAUACUCACAUACAAGCAGGGAAAUAGUGAGUCAGAUUGGAUGUUAUACCAUCCAUGGAUUAGCAAAUAGAAUCGUUGUGGAGAAUGAAGGAAUGGUAAACAUCAUAGAGGAAAUAGGCUGGAGGGGACUGAUGAAGUUGUUGCCGCCGUCCAAGAGAACUCCGCACUAUUUUAAAUCGUAUAAAGAACUAGAAAAGGUUAUCAAGGAUUACAAGCUAAAUGGCAAUAGGAGCAGCAAUAUUGUGGCAAGGGAUGCUAACUCCGUUAUUGAGAAAUUGGUUGAAUUAAUGGAUAACUGUAAAGUGAUGACUAAUGAUGAUUUGAUUAUUCGUGCAAAAAAAUAUCUAGAGCUCGAUUGUUCUCAUGCAGAUGCCUCAUCCUCUUUCACUCAGGAUCUCCAAAAAAAAUAUAAGGUUGUUCUUAUCGAUGAAUUUCAGGAUCUUUAUCCAAGCUUAUCACCUUUGAUUACCACAAUUUGCAAAGGGAAACAGCUUAUCAUGUUUGGAGAUACGAAUCAAAGUAUUUACGAGUUCUUGGGAUGUAACAGGCAGAUCAUGUUGCAACUAGACAAUCUACAUCCAAGAUUCUCUACCACUACUUUGAAGCUGUUUGAUAAUUUUAGAUCUACUCCUGAAAUCAUCUCUUUAGCGUCAAAAGUUAUUAAUCUUCCGCCAACAGAGAAACCGGUCCUUGAUGAUACUGACGAAACACCACCAGAACUGGUUCGCAAGCUACCAUGUGGUGUUUCACCUCAAUUAGUGUCAUUUGAUGACUUAGUUGCAGAAUCUGAAUUUAUAAUUGAUAAAAUUACUCAAUUAGUUUGCUCCUCGGCAAAAUUUUCAGAUAUUGCUAUUUUAUCAAGAACAAAUUCACAUUUGACAAAAUUAGCCAGUGUCUUGAAGAAAUACGGUAUUCCUUUUCAAAAAUUGAAGAGUCAGCCCGAUUGGAUGGACGACCUACGAAUCCAGUUUCUCUUAGAUAUCUUGAAAGUGUGUUCUCUAGCGUCCGACGAGAAGCAUAGCCACGGGUUCAACACGAGUGACAAAUGGCAAAGUGAUUUCAGCCUACUAGUCACAAUGAGUGCUAUCAAGGGGGUUGGUGAUGCUUCAAUACAAGCUUUAUAUAAGGCUUGCGGCUUGAAGAAUCUAUCGAUUUGGAAAUACAUAACCAUGGUUCCCAAUUUCGAAUGGCCACUGGGUUUCUCCAUUAAGAAGAAAAUUGAAAAUUAUACAUCUAAUUUAUACGAAAUGAUCGAAAGUGACCAAAUUCACCAAUUGGAGGAUCCUUUGGAACUUAUAGAAAAGAUUUCUGAAAUAAUAAAUAACUUGAACCUAAAUCCCAUGUAUUUCCAAUCAAUGAGCGACUCCCAGUCAUCAUCAGAAUUUAAAUCACAUUUGCAAGAAAUGGCUCAAGUGAUGAAAGUGUCAAAGUUGAAUAAACCACCAAGUAUUUCCUUUGUUAAAUGGUUUUUAGAGACAUAUUUCGAUCAAACAAUGACUUUCCAUCAAGCUAAACAGACAUUGCAAACCGCCGGCCCGGGAACUAUAAAGCUAUCAACGAUUCAUUCUGCCAAAGGGUUAGAGUUUCCUAUAGUAUUUCUGACAAAUGGGAGCGUGUCCAAUUUCCCCAUGGACACAAAUUCCCUUUACGUCGGUAUGACUAGGGCAAGAAAUUUGUUGUAUAUGUGCAACAUGAAGCAUCAGAGUCUAGUCACUAAACCACCGUCUUAUUCAAAAUCUAUAAUGUCUAACGAAUUCUUUUGGGACUACUACAGGAGGGACUUGAAUCGAUCUGCCUCAGGCGCUAAGAUGACGCACGAUUACAGUAUACGUCGAUACAAUCAAUUGCGCACAAACUUUGGAUUUUAUAGAGCAUAUUCUUCAAUAAACAGAUGUAAAAGCGUCUUCAGACGUAUAUAA